AUGUCGAAAAAGGAAAAGUCUUCUAAGAGUGAAGACACAGAAGACAACUAUGAUAAGCGCAUGGCUGCAGUAUUACCCUUUGCUCGCCCAUUAGCAUCCAAAAAGUUGAACAAGAAGGUAUUGAAGACGGUUAAGAAAGCAUCUAAAGCUAAGCAUGUCAAAAGAGGAGUCAAAGAAGUUGUUAAAGCAUUACGUAAAGGGGAGAAGGGACUUGUGAUAAUUGCGGGAGAUAUUUCGCCUCCUGACGUGAUCUCACAUAUACCAGUCUUGUGCGAGGACUCCUCCGUACCUUACCUUUUUAUUCCAUCUAAGGAAGAUUUGGGGUCUGCUGGUGCUACUAAAAGACCAACAUCAUGCGUCAUGAUAACACCUGGAGGAGGAAAGUCACAAAAAAAUGCAGAUAAAGUUACUGAAUACAGAGAGACAUUCGACGACGUUGUUAAAGAAAUAUCUACCAUCGAAUAG